AUGUCCGAUAUGUCGCCCACAACCAGAAAAAUCGUUUGCUUUUCAGACUUCGAUGGCACCAUCUUCAUGCAGGACACGGGCCAUGUCCUGUUCGAUAACUUAGGUUGCGGCGAAGAGCGCCGUCGGCUGCUCGACGAACAGAUCAAGUCGGGCGAGCGCUCAUUUCGAGACGUCUCGGAGGAGAUGUGGGGCUCACUCCGAGUCCCUUUCGAAGAUGGUUUUCAGAUCAUGGAGAAGGAGUUAGACAUCGACCCCGGCUUCCACGAAUUCCACCAAUUUUGCGUGGCCAACGACAUCGACUUCAACGUUAUCAGCGCAGGGCUUAAGCCAAUCCUCCGCAAAGUGCUGGACACUUUCCUUGGACAGCAAGAGGCUUCCCGUAUUCAGAUUGUCGCCAAUGACGCGGAAAUCAGAUCCGAUGGGUCCGAAUGGAAGCCCAUAUGGCGGCACGACACCGAGCUUGGCCAUGACAAAGCGCUAUCCGUCAAAGAGGGCCGCGCUCUUGCGGCGGAAAGUGCCUUGGAUGGGGAAAUCCCCCUCAUUAUUUUCAUCGGAGACGGUGUCUCUGAUCUUCCGGCUGCGCGGGAGGCAGACGUGCUCUUUGCCCGGAAGGGCUUACGUCUGGAAGAAUACUGCAUCGAAAACAAGAUCCCCUAUAUCGGUUUCGACUCCUUUGCGGAUGUUAAGAGAGAAGUCCAAGCCAUCAUGGAGGAGGAUCAGCAGAAAACCGGCGGCGUGGGCAAACCCGCCCGAUUCAACCCUCGCGCCAACAUGUGGCGGCGCAUCUCCAGCAGGCAAGCUAUUCCCCAGUUUGUUGCUGCAACUCCUUCGAAGGAGGAUAAGAUGUUCCUCUGGCCCGAGAGCUUCUCGGAAUAUCAUCCGACGAGCCAGAUGAACAAUGUUCCUGCUUAG